CUCGAGAUAAGUAACCAUGUCCAGUGUUCGGGCCAGGAGAUUGGGGCCAGUACUGUCCCGCAUUGGUUUUUAUGACCAGAAAUGUGGCCCAGUCAUACCGAGAGGUAAGAUUGACGUGUUUUGCCUAGUAAAUCUCGCAGGUCUUGGCAUGAACGGAGAGAGGGAAACAGUGAAUUCAUGGUGGGGCUCGUCCCCAGCAAUUCCCAGGAGGGCCAGAGGACCCGACUGCGCCUGCUCAGCCCUGUAGUGCCGGAUCAGCUAGCUUAUCAAGUGGCCAAAUAUCCCGCUAUAAAAGGCUCAGGAGCCCCUCGUUCCAUCUUCCGUCUUUCAUCAUACCAUCACACUUCUAUCACUUUCCUCCCAGCUUACCAAGUCAAACUCUCUUGAACCAAAUCACAUAACCAUCCACCCCGCUUCUUCACCUCACUCUCCUCGAUAACAACAACAACCUCACUAUCAUGUCCGGCUACGAUCAGUACAACCAGGGUCAGGGUGGCUACUACGGCCAGCAGCAGGGUGGUUACCAGGGUGGCUACCAGCAGGGCGGCUACCCUCCCCAGCACGGCGGCUACGGACAGCAGGGCGGCUACGACCAGUACAACCAACACAGCCAGCACGGUCAGCACGGUAGCCAGGGUGGCUCUGCCGGCGACUACUACGGCUCCAGUGGACAGCAGUCCCAGUACGGUGGUGAGAGUCAGUACGGCCAGCAACAAUACGGCCAGCAUCAGUACGGCCAGCAACAGCACGGUGAGCAGCAAUACGGUCAGGAUCAGCGUGGAGAGUACAACCAGCAGGGCGCACCCGGUGGCGCUCAGGACGGUGAGCGUGGCCUCGGUGGUGCUCUCGCCGGUGGUCUCGCGGGAGGCUUUGCCGGUCACAAGGCGGAUCACGGGAUCCUCGGAACCAUUGGUGGAGCUAUCAUCGGAAGUAUCGCCGAGGACGCCAUCAAGAAGCACAGGAACAAGGAGGAGGAGAACCAGCAAUACGGCUAUCCCCCCCAGGGUGGCCCCGGUGGUCCCCCUCCCGGCUCUCACCACGGUGGCGGUAGCAUGAUGGACCAGUUCGGCAGCUUCUUCAAGAAAUAGACGGGGACUCUCCAUGUCUUUUCCUGAUGCUCUAUGACCUUGCUUCAUUUCAUUUGACUGCGCCUUCUCUAUUUUGACUUUCUCUUCUGUUACGGCCGGCCGGGGUAUGGGAAAUGAAUUCUAGUCUUUUCUUCCAACCGUUUCUUACGCUUAAGAUCGCUUUGCUUUUAUCCCGUAUCACUUUCUAAGAGUGCUCCAUAUGGAUGGAACUUCAACUUGAUACCG